UAAACUUGUAUGUACCCCUAGAUGUCUAAGAUGCAUCUUUAUGCCACCCUGCAGGGUUUAGUUUGGCUCCAGACCAGUUAAAAUGAGUGACACUGAGGAUGAUAAUGAGAUCACCUUUCAAGUUAAGUUUCUUGGCCGAGUUGAGGUGGUCCGUCCGGAUGGACCGCAGAUCCUGUCUGAAGCAGCUCAGAGCCUAAAGACACCGGAUAAAUACUCCUCACAAAAGGCAGCGAAGAAGAGCAAAGUCCAUGUCUUCCUGUCGCUGAGUGGGAUAGACAUUUUGGAAAACAAAACCAAGUUUUUGUUGUACUCGUGCCCUCUGUCCACCAUUUCCUUCUGCGCCGUCCUUCCAUCUUCGCCCAAAGUCUUUGGAUUUGUGGCGAGACACCCUGCAGCAGACAUGAACCACUGUUAUCUGUUCCAGAGCAAGACGUUUUCUCACGUGCUGGUCUCAGUUGUUGGGGAUGUCUUCCGUGCUUCAAAAAAAGAGGAGAGCAUCAGGGGAGGAAGAGACCUGAUAGUGGAAGCCCUCAGACAUAAGAAUAAAGUGCUGCAAAGAGAGAAUUCUGAGCUGAAGAGGAGGCUUGCAGCACAGACUAACUGAUCCUACUACCAUACGCUGUUGUACUUAUACACACUUACACACCACAACACAUAAAACAUUGCCCCUCUCAUUCUGUGUACCCUCAGAAAACCUUCCAGCAGAAUGGUGAAACACACAAAAUGGAACUAACAGGGGAGGAAGGAAGGAUGUAAACGAAUUCUAGAGUUGAAACAAAACUUAUCAUAAUAUUAAUAAUAAUAUAAUAAUAAACGCUGGUGUUGUCAUUACUCUUUUCUUUUUAUUUUGAAUCAAUUGUAGGUGCAGUACCUGCAUCUGAACCAAUAGAGGGCAGCAGUACACAACUAAGAACUAUUUGGGUGCGUUCAAAUGCUGCCUUCACAGCGUCGGUCAAAGUGAUUGUAAUUGUUGUACCUUCAUGAAGAACCAUUAACUGAAAAGAACAGAAAAUGUGUCAGCGAUGGUAGAAUAUUAGGAGACUUGCAACUGCACAACAACUGGAUAAUUCAUCAAUAUUUCAUGCCUGGCUGUAUUGUAUUGCUUGUCUAUUAAAAGAAUAGAUAACGCAGUGGAAGCUAAACCAAU